AUGAGACCGCUCUAUCGCUCCGUGGCCGCGAUCGUCGCCAUCCACAUCCUGCUGCUUCUCGGAGGCGCGGCGCUGCUGCGCCUCAGGACUGAGCCGAAGGCAGCGCCUGAGGCUGAGAUGGUGAUGCGAGUGCCAAUUCGGCUCCCACGGCCAAAUCGCUCGACAGGGCUGUUUCGGAAUCGCUCAAAGGGUGCACGUUUACCAGUGAAGCCGCGCUCUCGCGGCCCAAACGUGGCUCUGCUCUUGGCAGACGACCUGCAGGCUCCUGACCUACGCCUUGGGCACACGCCGCAUGUUGACAGCAUUGGCCAGUCGGGGCUACGCUUCACCAAUGCACACACGCCAUCUCCGCUGUGCACGCCAUCGCGAUUCGCCCUCCUGACUGGCCGCCACCCCUCUUGCCACCUUGCGAAAAAUGACUGGUCGCCGCAAACAGUGGAGCAACGAUCGCUGAACAAUACCCUGUCCCGCUCCGCCGCACUGAGGCCGAUCGAGUUCAGCAUCAACCUGGAGCAAACCGCCAUGCCGACCAUCGGCAGCCUGCUGCAGCAGCGCGGAUACACCACAGGUUUCAUAGGCAAGUGGCACGUCGGAUAUCCUCAGGGGCUCGUUAGCGAGGCGGAGCGGCGGCGCAUCGUCGCCACCGAUGUGGCAGCGUCGCCAGCCCUGUGGGGCGGGGUCCGCGAGGCUGUGCUGUCCUCGUACCGCGCCGCGCAGGCGCACAUUCGGCGCAGCGGCUUCGACUCGGCCGAGCGCAUCUACAUCAACAACCUCUAUCCGGAACAGCACACGCUGCCCGCCUCCAUGCUGCGCCACAAUGUCGAGUGGCUCACCGAUGGCGCCGCGCGCUUUCUUGCCCGGGCGGGGGCGGAGAAUGGGACCAGGGGCAAUGGCCGCAGGCGGCCCUUCUUUCUGCACGUCGCCUUCACGCUGCCCCACAACCCAGACGUGCUGGGCUCGCUGCAGGCCGACCCUCGCUGGACGCCUGGAGGAAUCUGGGCGAUGCCAAACCGCAGCAGCGUGCUCGAGAGGCGCGCCGCGGUGUGUCGCGCUGCAAAUGUGAGCAAGUAUGGCCACCGCCACUACCCGCUCGCCCUCGCGUGGCUCGACUCGGGCGUGGGCGAGGUGCUGUCCUCGCUGCGGUCGCUGCAGCUCGACAGCUCGACGCUCGUGCUGUUCACGUCGGACCACGCCGCCUUCGAUAAGGGGCACUGCUACAGCGGCGGCUCCCGCGUACCUCUCCUACUCCGCUGGCCCGGCCCGCUGCCCGUGACUCGGCGUCGCCGCCCGCUACCACACCUCGUCUCGCACCUCGACCUACUCCCGACGCUCCUUGACCUCGCCGCUGCACCGCCGCACCUCGAGGCCCUCACCUCCAGCGCCGUCUCCUUUGCCUCCCCGGCCAAGCCGUCCCUCGACGCCGCUCCUCCUCCAUUCGAGCCGGCGAGCGGGCUGAGGGGGCGCUCCCUCGCGCCCCUCCUCGCCACCGCGGCGCGCAACGAGCUCUACCGCGGCGGGGUGUGGUGGGAGGAGGGCUGGGCGGCGGACUCGCCGUUUGGCCGCGUCAUCCUCUGCGAGGUGGGCCGCAGCCGCGCCGCCUUCGACGGCGCCUACCGCCUGCUCUACGCGCCCCACCUCGCUGGCCGCAACGCGAGCACCCUCACAGGGGGCGCAUGGUCAGUCGAGAGCGCAUAUCCAGCCCACCGCCACCACGAGGCGUAUUGGCGGGCGUUGCAGCUCUACGACGUCGCCGCUGACCCGGCCGAGGCGCACGACCUCCUCGCGCUCGGCGCCGACGUAGGCGAGGCGGCACGGCGCGCGCUCUCACUCCUGCGCGCGGCGCUGCAAGCGCAUCUCGACGGCGCGUUCGUGGGCAGCGAGUGCUUGGCCGUGCCAGCAGAGGGCAGUGACGGGAGAGUACUGAAAAAAUCUGCAGCCAGGUAA